GCGUUGGGCCUGCAGCCCCCAGUCAGCAUGCGACCGGUCCGUAAGUCUCCUUCUGAGAUCUGUGCUGCCAAGCCCUCCCCACCCUGGUGGAUUAGGUGCCCGUGGAGAUGUUUCCAAUGCAUGCUUUGGCCAAAUUUGGAUGUGUUCUCUGAGAAGAGCAGCAAAAUUCUUAUGCUACAAGCAUAUGCUUCUGUUUCAAAAGAAAAGGAAGAAAUUCGCUGCGGAGCAUUUGCAUGGAUUUUAACUUGCUCUUGGUCGGAAUCAACCCUUGAAAAAAGAGAAACCGAAAUGGAAAAGUGAUUACCCCAUGACAGACGGACAGUUGCGCAGUAAGAGAGACGAGUUUUGGGACACGGCACCAGCUUUCGAAGGCCGCAAGGAGAUUUGGGAUGCCCUCAAGGCUGCUGCACACGCUUUCGAGAGCAAUGAUCAUGAACUGGCGCAAGCAAUCAUUGAUGGUGCAAACAUAACACUACCACAUGGUGCUCUUACAGAGUGUUACGAUGAACUGGGCAACCGGUACCAGCUCCCCGUCUACUGCCUCGCGCCCCCCAUCAACAUGAUCGAGGAGAAGGGCGACCUGGAGACUCUGGAUAUCCCUGACCCGCCGCCUAACUCGGGGCACGAAUGCCAGCUUCGUUUGCGCCUGUCCACAGGCAAAGACCUCAAACUGAUGGUCCGCAGCAUGGACACGGUGUACCACAUGAAGAGGCGGCUGCAUGCGGUGGAGGGAGUGGAGCCUGGCAGCCAGCGCUGGUUCUUCUCGGGCAGGCCGCUCGCAGACAAAAUGAAACUGGAGGAGCUGAAAAUCCCAAAGGACUACGUGGUGCAAGUCAUCGUGAGCCAGCCCUUAGCGAACCCCACCCCGGUGGAAAACUGAUUUCUGCUUGUUUAUUGAUUCUUCUUUCCUCCGUCUCUGUCAUGGGAUUGGUUUUCACUGCCCUCUCUUCUUUCGGUUUGUCCUGCUAAUGGAUUGGUUCCAAGAAAUGACCAGCAAAAAUUCCAUCUGUGAUGGAGAUCUGCAAAAACAAAACAUAAAAAUGUAAACUGGCCUUUGGGGUUUGCCUGAUCUCAUAUUUAACACAACAGCAAGCAGCACAGGGCAAGGGCAAAGAAAGGAGUGGGGAGGGGAAGGGAAAAGGGGGGACACGCAAAGAGGGUGGGAAGAGGUGGUCUUUCACUUAAACAAUACAAAUAUGUAAUGAUUCUUAAAACUGUAAGUGGUGUCCUGAUCUACAGAGCAGGAGUAACAGAGAGCACUUUUAUUAAAAAAAAAAAAUAAAAUAUGAAAAUCAAUAUUUCAUAUCAGCACCACCUGCAGUUCAUGCAAGACUUGCAGCUGCUCUGAGUAGGAGCUGUGCUGCGUGUCCAUGGGGAUUGUGUGUGGUUUGACCUAACUUGUGUGCUUCGUCCGGGUGCUGCCGAGGCACCGCGAGCCCUGGGCGGAGGACCUGGGCUGGGGGCUCGGUCCCUGCCCCACGUGGGUGGCUCCUGGCGAUGCUCAGACCAAGCAAUUGUACAUUCCAAGGUGGCAACGCAGUCCUGUGCCAUUGCUGGCUCCAGCGCUGGGGACGCAGCCUGCUGGAGCCUUAGGCAAUAACUUCGUAAAUGUAUAAUUUCGUGUACUGUACUGUAAACACGCUACAAGACUGACUUAGCCUGAAGUUUACAGGCUGACUGGCACCUGAGUACGUGCCUGCUGAAUUACUGUAUGUCACUCAGAUCAUUAAAACAAGCAUUGAACAAGCUAGCUAAGGUGGGUGAUGCACUGGUCUGCGAUUAAGGAUUAGGUGCGUGACCUUUGUCAAGUGGCACUGGUGUGCUCGCUGUAAUAGGUCCAGGUUAAACUGCAGUUUUACCCAAAUGUAACGGAUUGCAACUUCCCCUGCUCGGUUCCUAGAGGGCACAAAGUGUGGAAAUAGGUGGAGAAAUGAGCACACAAAUUUCAGCUUUUCCUCUGAGUGUCAUUUGCAGCAGCAGUCUGUCUGUCUAGAUCUGAUGAUCCUGUAGCCAGGACAAUUGGAGGUAUCCUCACCAACGCACGCUGGCAGCCCAGAGCAUGGUCAUGGUGUUCAAUAACCAGGGCUUUUUCCUUCAGAGUGUAAGAGCAGCCCUUUUGGCACACAAGAAAUCCUUUUCUAGUCUCAAAAAUCUGAAUCAGAUGAGCAUAUCUGUGGGGGAAACAACUUGAUGGUUACCUUGGUUAGAGAUGCGCUCUGUUCCUUGGCUGCUCUGUGCCCUUGUCUGGCAAUGCCUUUGGAUGAGAUCAAAUUCCCUGUUCCCUUUUAAACUUGAUUGCUGGUUGGCUUGUUUUUUCAGCCAUUACUGAAAUUACUUUAUUUCUUCCAAAGGCUAAUAUGCUGGUCAGGCUAAUCCUUUUUACUGGUUUCUGUCUUCCCUCUCUGAGUCUAGGGUCUAAACCUACAAUUGUCCCAACUCUUAGUCAUCUGCUAGUGAAGCUGUUGGGUUAGGAUUGACAAUUUUAAACUUGUUACUGCUUCAUUAAUGCUGUAGAACUCCUGUUCCUCAGAAUCUAAUGGAGUUUCGUGCUCCACAGGCAUCAGUGUAGAGCCAGAAUGAGCGAAGGUCACGCGUGCAAUGUUGCAAGUCUUUCCCAACAGAUGGAAGCAGAUGUGAAAUUUACAUUGAUAUUGGUGCAGCCAACUUCCACCUCUUGGAAAACAGAUCCACAUUCUCUGUGCAUUUCCCACUCUACCCCAAAUAAAUAUAGCUUUCAUUUUCACCCCUGUGUUGUAUGCGGAGAUUUCCUGACAGUUCCUUAAACCCCAGUUCUGUACAGGAUGACUGAAGGGUAGGGGCAGAGGUGUGUAAAGGAAAAUUAGUUCUCUGUUCUCAUAAACACCCAAGUGACUUGGUUUUCUUUUUUCUUUUUAAAGAUGAAAUCAAAGCUGAUCAAUAAUCUAGAACAAAAGUUUUGUUUUUUUUUUUUAAGACAAAUAUGAUUUAAUAUACUGGGGUUUUGCAGCCAGAUCUUUUUGCAUUCCAGAGGGAAAAAUAUUUAUUUGAUAUGUGAACAACUCAAAAAUCUCCUGGAUUUUCAGUGGUCAAAGGAUGGUUUUGUGCCAGGAAGACACUACUUGUCUCAUAAGGCAUAAUUUACAUCUUCAUGUAAAUGGUCUUUGCAAUGUCAUUACCUUCCAGCCCUUUCUGGAAAGGGGGGUGUGGGAUGGGCAGAAUUGUGAUAGCUGAUUGAGAAAGAGCAAAGCUGAAACCGGGAUGACAAUUCUGCAACUGCAAACACUAAAACACUAAUAUUUUUUUGUAGAUUGCGUUUUGGAGAUUUUUUUUUUCCUUUUGUUCAGGCAGUUGUUACCAUGUCCUGGUUUUGAGAUUACAGCAUGUAGGAGCUGGGAGAGCUCCUUUUCCUUCCUUCCCCUCUCAGAAAAGCAUCGGUCCUGUUAUGUUGUAACAGAUUACCAUGUUUUAUAUCAACUGUUGUUAUGGCGGGGAGCAAGGCAAUGAUCUGAAGGCUAUGUCAUGAGUGGGCUUUGAGUAGAACAGAGAACUCGUUUAUGAAGGUGCACUGUUCUCUAAUAACCUCUCUCAUCUUCUGUCCAGUAAGUACAUAGUUAAACCUGAAAUAAAUGGUAAAAUGCUUUUACAGGUGGAAGUGAAGACGAUUUUAAUUUCUUCUUUAUAAAAUGGCAGAUGUGCUAGGCACGUACCCUACUGGAACCGAAUUUUGCAAGAUUUGUAUUAGGAAAGAAUUCUAAGUUUCCAAAGUGUAUCUAUAUAUAUUAUAAAAAAAUCAGUAAUGAAAGCAUACAGCAUGUUGACUGACAUAUCCCUUGUACAUACCUAGAGGUUGCAGUAUGCAUCGAAAGCAGUCAUUGCUGUCUCUGUGAAAUUCCUUGUCCUCUGAGGUUGUCUUCAGUGCAAGUGCAGGGGACCAGGUUUGGGCUCCUGCAGGACUCGUGACCAUUCCCGGAGCAGGGAGGAAGGGAGGGAGGCUUAAGUGCAGAGCAGAGGAGGCACGGCUGAAGCAAGACUAACGAAGUACUAAAAUGCCAUUUAGCUUACAGGACCAGGUGCAGGUCUGCAUGUGGCUGCUCACAUGGGGAGGACAGAGAAAAGCCUGCUGGUGGUGCUGCACCUUUACUCUGUAGCAUGGGCAUAUGUUGAGGGGUAAGCUCGGUGCUGCUGGCAGCCUGGCCUGUGCUGGUUUUUGGCAGGCUGGUUGGUGUGGUGUCCUGAGCAGAACUGAAGUAACACAGCGGAUUUGUAGCGCACGCAGCCAUGAACAGCAAUGCCAAGCGCUGACGAGAGGAGUAAUAGGAUUUUAUUUGUUUUGUUUUGUUAGACCCGUCAGACCUCUGUGUCAUUCCUGAUUAAUUCUGGCCACGAACUGAUGCCAGUAGAGUACAUUUUUUGCCACGUCAAUGACAGGUCUGUUUGACAUGCUUCAAAUUUUCAUACUAUGUUGUUGCUUCUGCCUGACCCAGAAGUAGUAAACCAGUGAAAGCCCAUGCUCCUGCACAGCCUGAGAGGCAGAGAGGUGUGAACACUGCAGAGUCUGCUGGGGAGCUCCAGGAAAGCCUCGGAUGCUGUAGGUACGUUGCAAAAAGAUGCUUCAGGUCAUCCUCCACAGUCAAGUGACAGCACUCCUGCAGAACAUCCAGCACCCAAAAGCUUGAUUCACUACGUUGGCUUUUUGUGCUCUUCUGUUUGUUAGUGUUUUCUGCAGAAAACAUAGCUGGGAAUAGCUGCUCUGUGAAACCUCUUUUUAGUUUUCUGAAAGCCUUUUCUUCUCUAGAGCUCGGAAAACUAACUGAUGUGAAUCAUCAGUAUAACGAGUUGGUUUCUCUGUUGUGUUUUUUUUGUUAGUUUUUGUUUUGUUUUGUUUUUAAAUAGCCACACAAAUGCUAAAAGCAGCAACAACAAAACUAAAAAAAGAAAACUCAUUCCAGGAGCAACCAGACAAAACCACAGCACCUCUUUGCCUUUCACAGAAAACUCACAAGUUGGGGAGGAGAGGAGAGGGAUCCAUUGAUGCAACAAGGCAACACGUGCCAUGUGCAUAACACUUAGUAAACCAGGUGGCCAACUGAUAAAAUAUUGCUGUAGUAUGACAUGCUUCUGCAUAUAUAUCUAUUGUUAGUAAAUAAUAUAAAAACUUCAAAAAUGCUAUUAAAAAUCUUAGUUUGUUACAAUGGUGGGAUGCUUUUAGCCAUGGAGUUUUGAAAGCAUUUUAGCUGUGUAAGUGUUGACGAACUGAAUGCUGUACAUUUCUCCAUUUCUAUCUUCUUCAGAAACACAAGUGGUAGCUACAUUUCUGACUCUUGAUCUGUAUUUUACAAACUUUUUUAUGUCACUGUAAAUACGUUCAAGACCCUGCACCUUAUGCAGAGAAUGUUUACGGUUUUUUAAGAAAAAAGAUUUUUGGCUUUUUCAGUAAGCUGCUCAGACCUUGUUAUGUUGAAAUAAAAGCAGUCUCUGUUAGAAAGGGGCUUUUUUUCUUUGCCCUUGACCACUUCCUCCGUACGUCAGGCUCCCUCCUGGUUGAUGGCUGGCAGCUCCUGGAUGGCUCGCACCCUUUUGGAAUAGAGCGUAGAGGUACUUUGAGAAAGGAGUUUUUGAAAACUUGUUUUGGGUGGGUGGGGGUGAGCUUUGUAUGCUCUGCAACAACAUAAUGUACGCUCUGCAACAACAAAACCUUCCAACCCCCUAGAUGUUGGUGGUCUGCCUUGCAAGCUCUAGGAAGUCUUUGCGUUAAACUUUUCAGCAGCUGUGCUUCUGUCUUCUCCCAAAGAAGAUGAAUGUCCUACUAUUAUAUCUGCAGCUACAAACACUUUUGUUGGUUAAUGACUGUAUAUACAAGUCUGCCUGCUUUAAGACUUUCAUUUUCAUCAAGUGUUUUUGAUUGUUCUGCUCUGCAAACGGCUCUCCUCUUCCAUAUUUCAUUUAGAUACUCCGUAGCCGCAUGUGUGUUGCUCUUGUUCCUAGGAGAUGGAGCUAUAGCUCUCCUUCCACGGGAGACAUAUACAUGCCACCGAGCCUCCAAAAUUCAAAUAGUUGGAAGAAGAGAUGUGUUAACCAGCGGGCUUCUUUCUGUGGACUUGGAAACUUUUAAUAAACGUGUCGACUGGACUCUCCAUGAAGAAGUAUGUUUCUGUCCUUCAAGCAGGACCACUUGUUGGGUAUUUAUCCGGUAGAACUCUGUAUUUGUAUAUUUUACAGACGAUGACCAUUUGAUCAGAGCCAUGGGGCAAACAGAGAACUUAAAAUCCUGACUCCUGCCUUAAAACUCGUAGUUCAUCUUGAGCUCCAAAAAUUCUGCACCUGCUUGUUUCAAAGUCCCUUUUUCCUUAGGAAAUUUGAAUCCAGUUAAAGGCUGGAGACGAUUUAAGGAAAUUUAAAUCAAAUUAAAUUUUAGCUGAUGUCUUUAUUAAAAUAACUAACUGGUCUUGUAUUAAAAACUCUGUUUGUGCCUCUCAAGUCCAGGGAAUGUUUAAAAAGUGGAGGUGGCUUUUGAGCAAUGAUUGAAAUUACUGCGUUAGCUGGAGAUUUGUAAGCCACUUGCUUUCAUAUGUUCUGAGCAAGAGACUUAGGUUUGUGUCCUCUCUGCCUCAUGGUAAUGGCUUUCAAAGAUGGCUGGUACCAUCAAAUUUGUACUUCUUGAAUAAAUAUCUUCAUUUUUAUGGUAAAAACCUUUUGUACGCAGUUUGUUUGUGUGUGCCACGUAACAAAGAAACAUUCAUGUUGCGUAGGAUACAGUGCUAGAUUUGGUACUGACACAAAAAAUACACAGCUCCAGCACACAGUGAAACAAGGACGAGGGAAUCCCAGUGACGUGAUCGUUUUUUCCCCCCCCGUAACUUUUAUAAAAUCUUUUAGAAUCAAAUAUACAACUGUGUAAGACAUGGCUUUUAACUUUUUCCCCCCUUCCUGGCUCAUUCAGCCAAUGAAGAGUUCUAGGCCUAUAUAAAGAUGCUGUGAACAUCAGGUAACUUUUAAAAUGCAUUCUGUAUUUUUACGUUGUACCUCUGUUUCUUGGCUGACAUAUCGCAGUAGUGUGUGCACAUAUUUUUAAUCAACUGCAAAGCACAAGUAGGUUGUCUUUAGACUGUUAAAUUAUUUGAUUUUUUUUAACCUAGGGAAGAUCUUUUACCGUUAAGAGCAAACCGUCAUGAUCUUCUAUGAGUUGGAAAUGCUGUACAAAAUCUCCUGUAUUUAAAACAAUAAAAAAAAAGUUUCUUUUUUCCUGCCUUUAAAAAUAAAAGUAAUACUGGAAAUGCCAUGUCUUA